AUGACAGGGGGAGCUCCACCCCAGAAUGGCCCCGGUGACCCAGUCAAUGUGAGGGUUGUGAAGACGGAGCCAUGGAAACCCCAGGAUGAGCGGCAGGCAGGAAGAGCUAAGGAUGUGGAACUGGAUAGCUUUAGCAAGAACCGGACGAGGAAAAGGAACCCGUUCAACCCCCAGCUGAAGGACCAACUCCUCAUUAAUGUUACAUGCAUCAGCCCCAGAGUCAAUGAGAAGAGCCAAGGUGUCUUCUACCUGUUUGAGCCUCUGUACCACGUCCAGCUCGCGUUGCUUCCUCGGCUGGCACAGAGUCGGAAUCUGGCUGAGAGAAGGGUGAUGCUGGGAGCAGCCAGAGACUUGCUGAGGUCCCUGUACCACUGUCACCUCAACAGUCUGGAGAGUUACAUACGACCGCGUCCUGCCAACCACUCCACUGACAAGCUGUUCAGACGAGGAGCUAGCCGGUCACUGUGCUCCCCACCUGUCUGUGAGGCCCCUUUAGGCCCAGAGGGGCAGAACCUGGUGCUGGCUGAUGAGGGGGAGUGUGUGAGGAGAUGUGGGCCACUCAAUGUGUCACUGGCUGCUGAUGCCUGUAGAACAAAGCGCCACGCAGCCAUCAAGACUGUCCGGAUUCCCCAAAUCAAUGACCUCAGAGCGCUGAUUGAGGACCCAAGACUCAACCUGAAGGUGAUCCAACUUGUUCGGGAUCCACGUGGCAUCCUGGCGUCUCGUAUUGAGACAUUUCGAGAUACUUACCGGCUGUGGCGUCUGUGGAGGGCAACAGGACGUCGACCCCACAACCUGGACCUGGGACAGAUCAACACAGUGUGUGAGGACUUCCUCAGGUCUGUGUCCACCGGCCUGGCCAGACCUUCCUGGCUCAGAGGGCGGUACAUUCUGCUCAGGUAUGAAGACUUGGCCAGGUUUCCUCUCCAGAAGACCAGGGAACUCUAUAGCUUUCUUGGUUUGGUUCUGGACCACAGCGUGGAGGAUUGGAUCAUCAACAACACCCGGGGCGGCAGUGAUCUGUCAUCCCGGCAGAAGUUCACCACAGUUCGGGACUCUGCUGCUAAUGCGGAAAACUGGAGGGUGAAGCUUUCCUUUGACAUGGUGGUCUACACACAGACUGUCUGCCAACCACUACUUGAUCUCCUUGGAUACAAGACAGUCUUCCACCCCAGAGAACUGAGAAACCUCUCACACUCUUUGGUGGAGGACAGGACGUUCCACCCAUUUUUUUAAAGAACCGAAGACAUACAUAAAUACAUCUAAUGUGGGUUUAUGAAACCAGCCAGACAAGACAGUAAGUUUAUGAAGCAGAGAUGAUGUAGUCCAAACUGUUUGACUGACUCAUCUGGAUAUCCUUACUCCAUCUGUGGCAAAGAAGAGCUGUGUACAUCCACCUGUUUCUACUCCAAAGUUCCAUAAAACAAUCUAUCUAUCUAUCUAUCUAUCUAUCUAUCUAUCUAUCUAUCUAUCUAUCUAUCUAUCUAUCUAUCUAUCUAUCUAUCUAUCUAUCUAUCUACCUCAUUUCUAGCCCCUUUUCCUCUGCAGCACCACUUGACAUAUUUAAACCAGAAUAUGAUGAUAUCAUUUGUUUGAAUCAAUCAGAUCAUCUCAUCAUUUUGAAACUGCAGUAUGUAGAUUUACAUCUGAGCUUGAUCAUUUAUUAUAGAACCAUAUUAAGUGACAGUGUUAUUCAUUUUAAAAACCUCUCAUCACAAGACGUUCCAUGUUGCAGUGAGAUAUUUUCAUAAUGAAACAUGUUUCUUGUUAAUUACUAUAUGACAAAUUAUUCUAGCAUAAGCAAAAGUAAGUUUUGUCGUUAUAACUAUGUAUCAUUCCAAAAAAAAAACAACAACAACUCCUGCUUACUACACAAAAUCAAAUUCAUAAAACUUCAAUCUUAUGUGCCACAUCUGAUCACAGAUCAGCCUCAACCACAGGAUACAAGGCAAGGCAAGGCAAGGCAAGUUUAUUUGUAUA